AUGGCGCGCCUUCUCGUCCUCGCCGUCGCCGCACUAGCAGUACUCACGGCUCCACCCGGGAAGCAGCUGAUGACGGCGCGUGCUGCCCGGCCGUCGCCGGCGGAGGCCUUCUGGUGCGCCGCCCUUCCCGACGCGCCCAUGCCGGAGGCCAUCCGCGAGCUCCUGCACCCUAAAGCCGCAGGGACCAAGGAUCCGAACGUCAACGAUAAGCCGCCGCUGCCUCCUCUGAACUUCAAAUACGACGACUACAAGUCCUCGCCUCGGAACGAGGCCGCCACCGCCCCGUCUCCUGAGGUGCUGAGGCACCUCGCCGGCGGCGCCCGCGGGGACACCGCCGCGUCGCCGCCGACGGUGCUCUGCUUCCUGGAGGAUGCGGUGCGCGUCGGGGGCAGCCUGCCGCUCCGCUGCGUCCCACGAGCUGCCGCCGUGGAGGGCGUGGUCCGUGAGCGCGGGGAGGCGGUGGCCGCGGCCAUCAUCGCGUGCCACGUGAACCGCGCACGUCCCGGUGGGGACCCGGCGCGCACCGCGUUCCGGCUGGUCGGCGUGAUGCCCGGCGGCGCGCCUGUCAUCUGCCACGCCGUGCCCGGCGCGCAGGGGCUCCCCGUCAAGAACGACGGGAGCCCGUCCUCGGCGUAA